GCGGGCUCAGUCUGGUUCGGAAAGGCGAAGCGCUGUGUUCGCUAGUGAGAGACGGCCGCGGCGGGAGGAGAAUUUUAUUUUUCAGCGUUUGGCAGCCGCGGGUAGUUGGCUGCGCGCGCGCGUGUUGUCGCGGCGGAUAGAGGAGGCGCUUUCACCCGUCCUGUCGGCGUGCAGUCCUGCCACUUGUAUCGCGCGACUUGUCCCCGCCACGGCAUGCCUGCCAAGCGCUGCGAGGGCUCGCGGGAGCUCUGAGAGCCUGUGCUUCUGUUCCCGGCGGAAUUCUUCGCUCUUUUACCACGUGCACAACCUGUUCUCCUUCGGGUAAUAAAUUGAUAGCUUUCGCCUGUCAAAUCUGGACAUUUGGAACUGCGUUUAUACUUCGGACCGAGGCUUGCGGCGUCGUAAUUGCAAGCUGAGAAGACUUCCAGGCUCAGGUAGUGACGUUGCGACCGGCUGGCUCCCAGCAUCCACACUCUCUCAGCGAGACUUAAGCGUGUGCCAACUCGUUCGAGGCUGUGAUACUGCUUUGUGAUCCGUUGACAAGGGUGUUCAGGUUCAACUUUGUCCUACCAAGCCAAAUCUGAACGUUCCUUGAUUCCAAAAUGGCCCUCAUUGUGAACCUGAUCAACGAUUUCCACGAAGUCAUGAACAAGAAUGGAGAUCCCCGCACCAACAACUGGUUUCUCAUGAGCAGCCCAUUCCCUACUCUGUUCAUCUGCCUGUUUUAUGUGUACCUGGUGAAGUACCUGGGCCCGCGGAUAAUGGAGAACAGGAAACCAGUGGAGUGCAGGGACGUCCUGAUCGUGUACAAUUUCCUUCAAGUUUUAUUCAGCUUGUGGUUGUUCUAUGAGAGUUUGAUGGGCGGCUGGUGGGGUGAAUAUAGUUUCCGAUGCCAGCCCGUUGAUUAUUCAGACUCCCCCACGGCUUUAAGGAUAGGAAUGUCAGGUUGGCUUACAGGCAAUUAUAACUUUCGUUGUGAGCCAGUCGACUAUUCAAAUCGCCCACAGACGUUAAGGAUGGUGCAUGUAUGCUGGUGGUACUAUUUCUCCAAGUUCACAGAAUUUUUUGAUACUAUAUUCUUUGUACUGCGCAAGAAGAACCAACACGUGUCCACACUUCAUGUGAUUCAUCACGGCUGCAUGCCCAUGAGUGUUUGGUUUGGCGUUAAAUUCACACCAGGUGGCCACAGCACAUUUUUUGGAUUGGUCAACACCUUCGUCCACAUCAUAAUGUAUACCUACUACAUGCUCGCUGCAAUGGGACCUCAGUACCAGAAGUUCUUGUGGUGGAAGAAAUAUGUGACAACCUUACAAAUGGUCCAGUUUGUGGCCAUCAUGGUACACGCCUUCCAGCUGCUCUUCGUGGACUGCAACUACCCCAAGGCUUUCGUCUGGUGGAUCGGGAUGCACGCCAUCAUGUUCUACUUCCUCUUCUCCGACUUCUACAAGCAGGCGUACAAGAAGAAGCAUGCAGACAAACUGAGACAAGCAAAGAAGGCUGAGGAAAAUGGACACUGCACUUCCAACGGAUCUGCCAAAUCAAACGGAACCACCUCCAAUGGCGCAUUGCCUUCGAAUGGUCAUGCGAACAAUGGCUACAGCAACGGUGGGGCGGCUGACUACUACAUCAAAGCAUCGUCCGACUUGCACUUAAGAACACUCGCAAACUUGGAUGCAAAAAUUGACUAACGCAGUCGUUAAUAGAAACAAAUUUCAGCUCAACUAUUUCCUAUGUGCGAUGGAGUUAGCUUCACAAGUGAUAACAUUUUCUUUAAAGAAAAGUGUGGGCGAAGCAGAAGAAAGUGGAUAGAUUAGCUUUUUGAUAAUGCCAGUUCCAUGAAGUACCAUGAAGUUACUUAUUUUUUAGUAGUAAUGUUUUCUAUUGACGGUAGAUCAGUUCCGAGGUAGACCGAAAGUGAAUCCCAAUUGGUUGUAGCACCGAUGGCUAGCAUUUGGAAAUUUUGUCGUGUGAUAACUCCAGAAACUUUUGUACUUAUUUUUAAAGAACCUUUCCUCUCAAGGUGAAGAGAUUCUUCUUACUCAAAAGCUGUGUGUAUGGUAGCACCAAGUAACUUUUGACAUCUGUAUUUUUGCCCACAUCUUGCAUUAGUUUCAUUUAAGUGUUGGGUACCAGUGAGGACCUCCAGGAAACAGUCAUGUGAUACAACAGAAGUACCUAAAUUAAUUGAAAUGCAUGCAUCACAAGUGAAGGGAUAGCUUGUCCACACACACACACACACUAAAAGAAAAAUUGUCACCAGUUAGGUGUAGGGAAUGUUCAGCAGCGGGGUGACAAUUUUUAUUUAGAUGGUUGGUGAUUUUCGUAGUAAAAUUUCAAACACAUUGGGCCGACUACCUUUAAUUAACAGAUGUUUGACUACUUUAGUGCACAUGUCGAUUUUAAAGAAAAGAGGCAUGUUCGGGAAAUUGAAAUGUCUUAAAGUGCUUUAGCAAAGGUGCUAUGUAUAUAGUGUGUUGGAACAGGGGCCUUUUCUCGAUGCCGUCCUAUAAUUUUGUGUGUUCAAAGUACAAAGUGGAAUAAUGUAAGCAUAAGCCGAGAGUACAGUAUAACUGCUAUGUACCAACAAUAUUUUUCUCAAAAGUUCUAUCAGUGUGGAAAAAAAAAAAAAAAAAAAAAAAAAAAAAAAUUGUGUGCAAUUUAUUUUAGAAUGAUGAUGAUAUUCCUGGGUUAAGAUCAUGUAAAUGAAACAUUGUAAGAUAUUUUUAAAGAUACUUCUAAAUAAUUUAAAUGUUAGAGUAAAAAUAUUACUUUAAAAAAUAUGCAUUUUUUUUUACUGUAAAAGUGUGAGAAAUAAUGUUGACAAUUGAAAAGAGCAGUCCAAACAAAAGCAUAAAAGCUCUUUAAGAACUUCUAUGACAAUCCUCGUAAGAGCAUUUUUUUGUGUACACGUGCAAUACCCUAGCUAAUAGAUCUAAUGUUAACUAUAAAAUUGUAAAAUUUUUGUAAUGUUUAAAGGUGCCUUCAAAAAACACUUUACAUUAAAUCCAAUUUAUCUAAAUUAUGAAAAACAACUUUUCAGAAUAUUUAUGUGGCUAUUCUAAACAGUGUAUGUGUGUGUUGAAAAAGGACUUUAAAAAUCUGUUAAUAUAUUAUAUACUAGCAUUUACAAUAAUGUUACAAUUUUCAACAGAACCGAAACAUGAAAUUAAUGACAUUAACUAUUGUGCGUCAUGUACUGAAAAUGUGUAGCUAAGUUUGUAAUUAUAAUUAGCAUGAAAAGCCAGACAGCAUUGGGUUGUGUUCAUAUAUCAUGUAUUUUUAUAAAGAGUUUUUCAUUAAUAGUCUUUACUACUGGGUCACUGUAUAAUGUUGAAUGUUGUGAAAGAUGUGAAUGUUGAUUAAAUGUUUAAGUUGAUUGUUGUAAUAAAUAUUUAAAACAA